ACUGGCGGACAUUUCAGAGUUUCAGAGUAUUUAAUGCAGGUAGAGCGGGUGUCAGCGGGAAGUGCGCUCUGCGGCUAAAAGGAGGGAAGCAACACUCUGCUUUGGAUAACGAUAUCAACACACGCAAGGAAUCUACAUACUGCACAGUGUGUAUGCUUCCCUGUGAGGAAAAUCAACAUGAAAUUCGCUCGUUACGAGACUACUAUGACCUACAAAAUGGAGAAAAGUCCUGCUGCUGUGGCAGCUGCAGAGUCCAUGGUGCUUCACCUUAAAGCUUCCCCAGUGAAAGAGCCAGCCCCCAUCAAGCCCCAGUGUCCACCUGCUGCACUGACAAGAGUGUUCUCUCUCAACAACACCACCAGAGCAGUCCACAACAAGGAGAACAGCACCAGCAGGGACCAUGACAGGACCAUGGAUGAAGGGUUGGAGGAUAGCGGCUAUCUGUCUCUGCACAACAGUCAGAUUGACGAUCACCACGCGGAUGAAGAGGAUGACCACAUGCACGGAAAACCCACAACAGUCCUGCUGCCCUCUGCGGCUGUUACGCACCAAGAAAAGGCAACUACGCCAAAGAAUUCUCCCUCCAAAAAAGGCGAGACGAACUGUCCCGUGUCUCUGGUGGCAGCAUCCACUCCGGUGGGUUGUCAUAGGACUCGAACAUCGGCCCCCUCACUGCCGUCUUCCCCAUCGGACCGUGGCAACCACCCCAACCUGCCUAUACUGAAGUUCCAGCAGGCUGUGUGUGAAGAGCUUGCCAAGAGCUAUCGGAAGAAUAAGAGAUACGACUGGAACAUCAUCACAAAGGUCGCAGAGGAUCAUCUGCUGGAUCGGGUGAUCGGAGGCAAGAUGGGCCUGGAAUACGUCGACGUGUUUUCAUCUCUGCUGUGCAGGAACAUGAGAAGCAUCCUGACGAACAUCCUGGCCCUUCUGGGAGACAUGGACCUCAUUAGCUGUAAGAAAGUGAGCAGGACAUGGAGAAAGAUCAUCUGUGAGGAUACAGUAGCUCUUAACAGGUGUCAACGAGCUGAACAGGAACUCAGGGAGUCAAAUAACACUCUGAGACAAAGGGGCUGUGGUCUGACGAGAGAUGUGGCUGUGUCGAGGGUGGUGAUGUCCUGCAUGCAGACGCUAGCCUCCUCCAGCACUCCAUCAUCUUCCUCGUCCACCUUGAGCUGCAGGGUCAAUAGACGGACAACCCCCUCUAAGAAGAGCGGCACGCCCUAUUGUACGCGCUUCGAUGAAUACAUGCAGGCCGCCAGCAGUCUGAAGCAGCACGAGUCCCUGCGCCCAUGCAAGCGCUGUGGCUCACCAGCGACUCAUCUGGGCGAGGCUCAGAGGGCCACGUGCAGGCGUCCCAGCUGCCUCUUCGACUUCUGCACCCAGUGCCAGGAGGCCUUCCACGGCUCGACCCCCUGCAGGGUGGUCCAGCCCCGACCCCACUUCCUCUCUUCCAAGUCGACCCCGAUCAUACCAGGCAGCGCUCGCAGCAAGAGGAGCAUCAGGCGCCUGUGACGGAGCUUUACUCUGGUUUUAUUCAGUGACUGUUUUAACCGGGAUGGGGCUCUCUGGGCCGGUAACGUUUUCCACUGGCUCCCUCCAAAGCUCGGACAGAGGGGGGGUUCUCGCAGAAGCUCGGCUUUUCUAUGCGCACUGUGUCACUAAAACUUUGUUACAUGCUGAACUCUGGCUCUACCUAACUGAAUCAACUGACUGAAGCACUUGUUAAUACACUACUGGGACAAUCAACCAGUGAGGGUCAUCUGGCAUUGUUGGCAACUGCUGUCGUCUGUGAACGGCAAACACACCUGAUGCCAAAAAAGAAAGAAAUACAGAGUAAUAGGCUUUAAAUUGUACAGUUUUAUGUUUUAAAAUGAAAUGGAUGUGAAUUUGUUAUUGUAUUUUAAUUUUGUAUACUUUUUUAAAAUAAAUGUUGAUCUUCAGGA